AGUGAUCGAGACGGUGGCAAAAAAUUUUGAACAUUCUUAAAGAUUAAUUUUUACUUACUAUACAAAGUAUCGUUGAGAUUUAUGAAUAUCAUUAUUAAUUUAUUUCUUCAAAUUGAUAAGCUUUUACCUACUCUGUUUAAACGUACUAUACUCGCAGGCAUAUUGGGGUAUUGACGAAUAUACCCGAAAUUCAAGGCCAAGGUUUGGUUAGGCAAUAUUUUUCCACUUUUUUUGUCUGUAGUGUUGGCGACACUAUAUCAAGCAAAAUCCAAAAUGGCGUGAAUCGCUAAUAUUCGUAUUCGCCGCAAUAAUUUGUUUAUAUUCAGAAAAUAUGCGAUAAUACGCAGUCAUACGUGUGCAAGUAACCUGUAAAAAUUAAGAAAAUUAUGUCGUAGGCAUUAUUAGUUCAUUCCAUACGGUGUCUUAGUAAUCAGUGCUAAGGUUUCAGAUUUUACAGUUGUCAAAUACAUCGCUUAUCCAAAAUUAUUUGAUGAAGUAUUUUGUCAUACGGUGAUAGGGAUGUCGUGGCUAUGCAAUAUUUUUCAACCAUAGUACUAAUUUGAAAAAAGUAGUUUAUAAUCAGUAAAAAAAUGUCAUCAACACAAACUGAAGUGCGAGGUCGUGGACGGCCUCCAAAAUUAAGAACUGCUUGCACCUGGUGUGGUGAAACAAAGUUACCUCUAAAAUAUGUUUUACCUACUCAACAUGGGAAGAAGGAAUUUUGUUGUGAAACUUGCUUGGCAGAGUUUCGUAAAGCUUAUGUUCGAGGGGCUUGUGUACAGUGCGAUAAUGUUAUACGAGGAACGCCAGUUAGACUAGAGCAAAGGAACGAACCUCCUAAAGAUUUUUGUUCUUCGGUAUGCUUGAAUAAACAUCAGAAGAAAGAUAUACAAGAAGAAACCAAAAAAACCAACGAAGAACAGCCAUUGUUAGCGACAUCACCAGUGCCAAAUUCAAAUAAACAGUUAAAUAUUAAUAAUUCAGCCUCUACAUCAACGGGAACAUUUCAAUAUGAAACCUACCAAACCUUCGAUUGGAAUUUAUAUUUAAAAGAGUCAAACAGUACAGCCGCACCUAUCGAAUGUUUCAAGCAACACGACGAACCUCCUACAAACGAGUUUCAAAUUGGAAUGAAGCUUGAAGCAUUGGAUCCUCGUAAUGUAACCUCAACUUGUAUCGCCACUGUAGUAGGAAUCCAUGGUCCAAGACUUAGAUUAAGAUUAGAUGGCUCGGAUAAUAAAAAUGAUUUUUGGCGAUUGGUGGAUAGCAAUGAAAUUCAUCCAAUUGGGCACUGUGAAAAAUCCGGCGGCAUGUUACAGCCUCCACUUGGUUUUCGCAUGAAUGCUUCCAGUUGGCCAAUGUUUUUAUUAAAGACUUUGAAUGGAGCUGAAAUGGCUCCUGCCAAAGUGUUUAAACACGAACCGGAAACACCGCAUUGCAACAUGUUUGAAGUUGGACAAAAAUUAGAAGCCAUAGAUAAAAAAAAUCCGCAAUUAAUAUGUACUGCAACUGUCGGUGCUGUUAAAGAUGAUAUGAUCCAUAUAACAUUUGAUGGAUGGAAAGGUGCAUUCGAUUAUUGGUGUCGUUUCGAUUCCAGAGAUAUUUUUCCAGCUGGAUGGUGUUCAAAAAGUGGCCAUCCACUUCAGCCACCAAGGCAAAAGUCAACUGGACCUAAUCGUUUUAAAUCAAGGACAAGUAAUGUACUUCCAGUUAUGGCUGUAUCUGGAAGUGGAACUGGAAGAGAGCCAGCUGUAGCUUUAGUAAGUCCAGCUGGUUCAAGUGCACCGCCACAACCAGCAACAGAGCCUGAUACAAGUACAACUAGUAAUAAAACAGUAUCUAUUGAAAAUAUUAAUUUUUAUGUUAAUCAUAAUUGUUCAUGUGGUCCAUAUUUUGAUCCAAGAAAAGUAAAGGCAUUGCCAGCUCAGUUUAACGGCCAUACCCAGUCUGUUAUUAAAGAUAUCUUUCAAGCAUUCUUAAUGGCAGCGAUAAGUCCAAGACAAAUAUUGAGUUUAUUUAAGCGUGGAGAGGGUGAAAGUAUUACUUUAACAAUUGAAAGUAAACCAACUACUGUUGUAUUACCUGUAUUUAUGGAAGAAGAGGACUUAUAUGUGUAUAUGAAACGACAGUUAGAAGAUUUGUGUGCGUGUGAACAUAUGCUGUCAAAAAGAAAAGAAAUCUGUAAAAAGUGUCCAGCUGUGCAACAGAAUCACAUAAAAAAGGAGGAGUUAACCAAUGGUACAACAGAGAAAAGAAGAUGGUCGAGUGAAAAUCAAGAGAAUCCAACAACUACACAGCAAUCUCAAUUGAAAAAGGAAUCAAAAUCGCCUGUAAUUCAACAUCCGGUUGUAGAAGCUCCACCAGUGAAGCAGCCAAGAAAAUCUGUUCCUGAAUUUGAAGCAGCCACAUCUACUACACAAAAUGAAAAUCCAAUACAACGAGUACAAUCGGUUGAGCCUGCCGAAUGGACUAUCGAAGAUGUGAUACAAUAUAUUGCUAUGACGGAUCCAGCAUUAGAGCAGCACGCUGAUCUUUUUCGAAAACAUGAAAUUGAUGGAAAGGCGCUGCUGCUUUUGAAUUCUGAUAUGAUGAUGAAGUAUAUGGGAUUGAAGCUUGGACCAGCACUGAAGAUUUGUAAUUUGGUUAAUCGUAUUAAGGGUAGACGGCAUUUAUUACUGUGAUCAUCUCAUUCGCACAUAAAAUUGUAAAUCUACCGAGACCUGCAUAUUUUUGUGCAACGUACCAUAUUUUGUUUAUCUUAUCAAUUUUAUUAUAUGUACAUUAAAGGAAAAUGUACAGUAAAAAUCAUAUCAGAACUGAAUUUUCCAAUACUUAACAAUCUAUUAUUAUUACAGUGUAGUAAUAUUAUUAUUACAACGUAAUAAAUAUAGUGCACUCCUUUAAGUUGAUUUUUUUCAUGCAAUUAAUGUAAAAUUAUAUAAGAUAUUAAAGUUUUUGAAGCAUGGAAGUGAACUAGUCACUUAUAUCUACUUUGAGCAGUGUGGUUUUUUUAAAUGUACAACAUGGGGACUACAUUAAGAAAAGCUGAAUAAUUCAGAAUU